AUGCGCAUUACCGAAUUGAUCAUUGACGGCUUCAAGUCGUAUGCCGUACGCACCGUCAUUUCUGGAUGGGAUCCCACUUUCAACGCAAUUACUGGACUGAACGGGUCUGGAAAGUCGAACAUUCUGGAUGCGAUAUGUUUCUGUUUGGGAAUUGGACGAUUUGAGCUUCUGCGCGCGAGUGGCGGCGCCAGCGAUCUCAUCUACAAGCGUGGACAGGCGGGCAUUACGAAAGCGUCGGUCACACUGGUCUUCGACAACAGCGACAAGGCCAAGUCGCCCAUUGGUUUUGAAGACUAUGGAACAAUCAGUGUGACGAGACAGAUCGUGUUGGGCGGCACGAGCAAAUAUCUCAUCAAUGGACACCGGGCACAGCAGCAGACAGUGCAGAACCUCUUCCAGAGCGUGCAGCUGAACAUCAACAAUCCGAACUUCUUGAUCAUGCAAGGGCGCAUUACUAAGGUCUUGAAUAUGAAGAGCACUGAGAUACUGGGCAUGGUAGAGGAGGCCGCUGGCACGCGCAUGUUUGAGGACAGGCGCGAGAAGGCGUUCAAGACGAUGAACAAGAAGCAGGCGAAAGUGGAAGAGAUUGAGGGUCUGCUGAAGGAGGAGAUUGAGCCUAAGCUGGACAAGUUACGAAAUGAAAAGAGGGCGUUUCUCGAAUUCCAGAGCACACAGAGCGAUUUGGAACGACUGACAAAACUGGUCGUUGCAUAUGACUAUGUCAGGUCUAAGCAGAAGAUGCAGCAAAGCGCACAGGAUUUGGCAGACAAAAAGGAGCGAGCGACACAACUGGAGCAGAAUGCCGAGAAGCUGCAGCGAGAGAUCGGGGUGCUCGAAGAAGACGUGGAGAAAGUGCGGGCUGCAAGAGACAAGGAGCUUCGAAAAGGAGGCAAGUUUGCAAAGCUUGAAGAGGCGGUAAAGGAGUAUUCCAAGGAAGUCGAGCGACUGGAGACAGUCGUGGAGCUGCAGAAGAAGUCGAUGUCCGAAGAGAAAGAGCGACUACAGAAAGCUCAAGCGUCUGUCAAAGAUCUCGAGAAGCAGCUGAAGCACAAGACCGAAGCCCACUUGCAACUUCAGACACGAUUCGAGGAGGCGAGUCGCGGUUUAGAGGAGCAAAAGUCCGAAGUUGAGAAGAAAGAGGAGCUUUUACAGACCUUGCAGACUGGAAUUUCCUCGAACGCAGGAUCAGACGGUGGCUACGCUGGGCAGUUGGUGGCUGCUCGCGAUAAUUCCAGCAAAGCCGGCACGGAAAUUGAGCAAUCGAAGCUGAAGAUCUCUCAUCUUGAGGCACGCAUCAAGGAGGACGAGCCACGGGCCAAGAAGGCCGAAAAGGAGAACGCCGGUCUUUUGAAAGAUCUUGAGUCCUUGCGGACACAGGCAGGUAAGCUUCAGAAGGAGCUUGAGAAACUCGGCUUCCAACCCGGAAAAGACGAGGAACAACAAGCAGAGAAGGCUCAGCUCGAAAAGCGUAUUCGCAUUCUCCAAACGGAUGCGGAGGGGCUGCGGAGACAAGUCGCUGGGUUGGAUUUCUCCUACUCUGAUCCGGAGCCGAACUUCGAUCGAAGACGAGUCAAAGGUCUGGUAGCCCAACUAUUCAACCUUCCAGUCGAGUCCACCGAAGCAAGCACUGCGUUGGAGAUCUGUGCCGGAGGUCGGCUGUACAACGUUGUGGUUGACAGUGCAAAGACAUCUUCGCUGCUCAUUGACAAUGGCAAACUCAGACGAAGAGUGACAAUCGUUCCUCUCGACAAGAUUGACUCGAACCGAGCGCCGGCCGACCGUGUCAGUAAUGCACAGAAGCUGGCCCCGGGCAAAGUACAUCUCGCACUGAACUUGAUUGGCUAUGCUCAUGAGAUCGAGAAGGCUAUGGAGUACGUUUUCGGUAGCACACUUGUCUGUGCAGACGCUUCAACCGCAAAGAAGGUCACAUUCGACCCAUCUGUCCGGUUGAAGAGCGUCACCGUGGAAGGCGAUGUCUACGAUCCCAGUGGAACUCUAUCUGGAGGCUCAGCUGCUCAAGGUAGUGGUGUACUGUUGAAACUGCAAAAGCUCAAUACCAUCACCCAAGAGCUUGAAAAGGAAGAGCAGAAGCUGGCAACACUCGAGCAGACCAUGGCCAAGGAUGCUCAGAAGCUCAAGAACGGUCAAAAGAUGAAGCAAGAGCUCGAUCUGAAGUCGCACGAGAUCCAGCUUGCAGAAUCACAGAUCGCAAGCAAUUCCUCGAGCAGCAUUAUUGCUUCCGUUCAAGAGAUGAAAGAGACGAUCGCGGCGCUCAAAGGCAACAUCCAGGCCGCCAAGCAGCGCCAGGGAGAUGCAGAGAAGGAGGUCAAGCGUAUCGAAAAGGACAUGAAGGACUUUUCGUCAAACAAAGGCGCAAAGCUGGAGCAACUACAAGGCGAUCUUGACAAGUUGAAGAAGUCUCUGAGCAAGGCACAAGCUUCAAUCAAGCCCCUCCAGCAAGAAGUGAGAGACGCAAAUGUAGAUGCAGAGCAGACUGGAAGCGAUCUUUCUGCCGCUCAGGAAGAACUCCACGAUGCUGAAACAACGCUCCAGGGGCAACGGGAGGAGCUUCAAAAUCAUGAAACCGAGCGUAAAGAAGCCAAGGACAAGCACGCCGAAGCAGAGGCAGCAUUGAAUGACGAGCGAAGGAAGCUGAGUAGUUUUGAUGACGAGAUUGCCGAUUUGGAGCAGGCAUCGAAACGAAAAGCCCAGCAAAUAUCAGACGAGGAACUCGAGAAGAAGAAGCUCGGCAUCGCGGUUGACAACUUCGCCAAAGCUCAGCAAGAAGCACAACGAAUCGUCACCAGCCUGGAGAAGGAGUAUGACUGGAUUUUGGAAGAGCAGGCAUCUUUUGGCCGAUCUGGGACUCCUUACGACUUCUCUGGCCAGAACAUGGGCGAGUGCAAGUCGAAUCUGAAGAACGUCACCGAACGCUUCCAAGGCAUGAAGAAGAAAAUCAAUCCAGCUGUGAUGGCCACGAUUGAUAGCGUCGAGAAAAAGGAGUCGGCAUUGAAGCAGAUGAUGAAGACAGUCAUCAAGGACAAGAAGAAGAUCGAGGAGACCAUCGUUACCCUUGACGAGUACAAGAAGGAGGCACUGUACAAGACCUGGUCCAAAGUAAACGAAGACUUCGGAUUGAUCUUUAACGAUUUGCUCCCUGGCAACACGGCGAAGCUCGAUCCACCUGAGGGCAAAGAAAUUAGUGACGGCCUGGAAGUCAAGGUCUGCCUUGGAAAAGUGUGGAAGCAGAGUCUCACGGAACUGUCAGGCGGUCAACGAUCCCUCAUCGCCCUCUCCCUCAUCCUCUCCCUCCUGCAAUACUCGCCAGCACCAAUGUACAUUCUCGACGAGGUCGACGCCGCUCUGGACCUGUCACAUACCCAGAAUAUUGGUCGACUCAUUCGGACGCGCUUCAAGGGCAGUCAGUUCAUCGUUGUCAGUUUGAAGGACGGCAUGUUCAGCAAUGCGAACCGGAUCUUCAAGACGAGGUUUAUGGACGGGACGUCGGUGGUGCAGGCGCUGACGCCGGCGGAUAUGAAGUGA